CGUCAGCUGUCAAGCCGUACACACGCACACUACAGUACUGUCUCUAUGCAAGAUUUGUUUGGACAACGAAUGAAUCAGAAAUUCCAGAGAGACCCGGAACACUUAAAGUAUGGUGACCGCAGUGUUACUCCUAUCAAGCUGGACUAAAGCGACUCGGCGACAGGAAAGUGGUUUGCCGCGGGUUUGUGUUAGUUAAAGGAGGAGAAGGAGAGAACAAAAAAAAAAAAAAAAAAAAAGAAAGAAAGGGAGAACACAUUUUCCGGUUGCAGACUUUCUAAUAAGCUAGCAACGGAGUUCUCCAACCGGCUUCAUUAGCUUAGCUAGCUAGCAAGCGAACAAGCUGGCGUAAAGACAGCUGCGGUGCACUCGAGGAAAUGUCUGCCUGGAGGUGUUUUACAGUUUUAAUAUGUAUUUUUUAUUGAGCACUCAUUAGCAUGAAAUCGUGUGUUAGCUGUCGCGAAGUAGCGAGCGCUUUGUUCAGGUGAAGUGACGGUACCGGUACCGGGAGGGUGGUGAGGUUGGGAUUGCUCAGGUAAGUUAUGAGCAGUUUCAACAUUACAACCAAGACCUCCACAUUGAGCUCUUCUUUGAGCACCGACGGCAAAGGGUCACCGCUCAGCGUCGACGCCGCCAACAACAACAAGGAGUGGGAGCUGGGAAGCGAUGUGUUUCCGUGCUGUCACGAGAUGAGUCCCAUGGACGAUACGAUGCAGGCAGGGAUGUCCUCCGUCCAGUCGGGGCUGGACGGACACCUGCCGCUUCUGCACGCCAGACACCGGGACGGGUAUUUGUUGGACCUGAACUCCCCGGCAGCCUACCUCGACAGCAGCUCCCUGGAGUACAGCGACAACGACGGGAACAACGCAGGUCCGUUGUUCGACAGGAGGAAGAGGUCGCGGUCCAACAGCUCCAGGCACCGCUACAACGAGGUGGUCACGGAGCUCGGUCCGGAGGAGGUGCGGUGGUUCUACAAGGAGGACAAGAAAACGUGGAAGCCCUUUGUCGGCCACGACUCGCUUAAUAUUGAGCUAACGUAUCGGAAAUACUGUGAACUGAACCCUGGUGCAGCAGGCUCCCAGGUACGCGGUGGGGAGGAAGAGUCCGGUAAUAACAGUGUGGAGAGCAGAGGGCUGAACGGUGCAGUGCCGGUGGAGACCAGGACCAGCAGUGUGCAUGGAGACCGGGGCUCCCUGGACACAUCCACCGUGUCCUCGGAUGAGAGGGACCCUGACAGCAUUGAAGUCAACGUAGAGCAUGUGUGUGUCCGGGGAGGGCUCUAUGAGGUGGAUAUUAAAGAGAAGGAAUGCAAUCCAGUUUACUGGAAGCAACAAGACCAUAUUCCAGUCAUGAGAGGCCAGUGGUUUAUUGACGGUACCUGGCUCCCGUUAGAGGAAGAGGAGAGUGACCUCAUCGAGCAGGAGCACCUGAACCAUUUCCGGGGGCAACAAAUGCAGGACACCUUCGAGACGGAUUUGGUGGUCAGGACCGUCGAUAGCAAAGAUGUUCUCUCCCACCUGCCCCCUUUCUACCUCCCUUUUCUGUUCAAAUGGAGUGGAUAUCAGACGAGUGCUAAAACUACAUGUCACAAGCGCAAACGCUGCCAAGCCAUCCACAGUCUGAAGCUGAGUCGGACCCAUGUGGAUUGGCACAGCGUGGAUGAGGUAUACCUCUACAGCGAUGCCACCACUUCCAAAAUUGCACGCACCGUCACCCAGAAACUGGGCUUCUCCAAAGCCUCCAGCAGUGGAACGCGGCUCCAUCGGGGUUAUGUUGAGGAGGCCUCACCUGAGGACAGACCCCCUCAGACUACACACAUUGUCUUUGUGGUCCAUGGGAUUGGACAGAAGAUGGACCAGGGACGCAUUAUUAAAAACACUGGAAUGCUGAGGGAGGGUGUGAGGAAGAUGGAAGAGAAGCACUUUUCAGAGCACAAUGAUGAGCAUGUGGAGUUCCUGCCUGUCGAGUGGCGCUCCAAACUUACACUGGAUGGAGAUACGGUAGACUCAAUAACACCGGACAAAGUGAGAGGACUGAGAGAUCUACUCAACAGCAGUGCCAUGGACAUCAUGUACUACAACAGCCCCCUUUACAGGGAUGAGAUUACCAAGGGCCUAACACAGGAGCUAAACAGACUGUACACACUGUUCUGCUCGCGCAACCCCGAGUUUGAGGAGAGGGGAGGCAAAGUGUCCAUUGUGUCUCACUCCCUCGGCUGUGUCAUCACCUAUGACAUCAUGACAGGAUGGGAUCCUGUGCGCUUCUGUCUGCAGGAGCAUCACGCUGUGGAGGAGGAGCUGGACCUGCGCUGGAUGUCCUACGAAGAGAGGCACCUUUUAGAGCAGCUACGGACCACAAGGACGAGGUUACGAGAGCUGGAAAAUCAACUCCUCACACUGGAAGAAUCUAAACCCUCAGCACCCCCAGCCCUCAAAUUUAAGGUGGAAAACUUCUUCUGCAUGGGUUCUCCUCUGGCGGUCUUUUUGGCCCUGAGGGGGAUCCGUCCUGGUACCAGCUGCCACCAGGACCACAUCCUGCCCACCGCCAUCUGCAGCAGGCUCUUCAAUGUCUUCCACCCCACAGACCCUGUGGCCUACAGACUGGAGCCCCUCGUCCUCAAACAUUACAGCAAUAUUGCACCUGUUCAGAUACACUGGUGUAGCGCCACUAACCCCACAUCCUACGAAGAGGUUCGGCCUACCUUCCUGAACCCAGUCAAAGACCCAACAUCUGACACUGAGAGCAUCCCCAGCCCGAGCACUUCUCCCGUCCUUGCACGCAGGAACUAUGGAGAGUCCAUCACCAAUCUGGGCAAAGCCAGUAUACUGGGAGCGGCGAGCAUAGGGAAGGGCAUUGGAGGCAUAUUCUUCUCACGUUUCUCCCGCUCCAACAGCCAGCCCUCGGUGUCUUUAGGGCUUGAGGGAGGGACAAACACUGAGGAAGAGGAGCAGAAGCGGACAGAAAGCCAGUCAGCAUACGGACUCUCCACCAUGAUACGACCCACCUCGCCCACUACUGACACAUCAUUGGAGUUGGAGCGGCGCAUCGACUUUGAGCUCCGAGAGGGUCUGGUGGAGAGUCGCUACUGGUCAGCGGUGACCUCACAUACAGGUUACUGGUGCUCACAUGACAUAGCACUCUUCCUGUUGACCUUCAUAUACAAGCAGAGGACAACCUCCUCUGACCCGGCAGAAGAUACUCCGGAGCCAGACUGAGGCAGCACAUUUGUUACAACACAAACACACUUGAAAUGGUGUCUUACAACCUUGAAGGGUUGUGUCAUCUUCUUGACAAGACACAAAAAUAAACAAUAAACAUUCAUUUAUAGUUCAUGCACACAAACUGCUCACAUACACUAACCCUAAUCAUCUCCUGUAGCUCCCUGUGAUCCAGCUCUUUUAACAAUUGGGAGUCAUUACUGACAAACUGACUUAAUUCCAAGAUGUGCAUUUUUGUCUCUUUUUGUGUAGUUUGUACACAGUUGUGCACCCUAAGGGUGACAGUGUUGGACUAUGAACCCCUAAGGAGGUGCACCGUUUGCCAGUAUGACCACAACCUACAUAUAAACAUGGAAUAUGAGAUUAAUGAGUUUGAUGUCUAGGAGUCUGUUACACCCAGAAGAAGAGAGUUCUAACUUCAUCCACAGGUCUUCAACCUUAAACAGAUGCAGCCAGUUGAUAAAGUGUCCAUACUUUACCUGUUAAUCAAUGCUUAAAUCCAGCCUCUCUCCCACAGACUCACUCUGAAGCCUUUUGACAUUGUGCUUGAUCCUCGGUCACCGUGGCUUGAAGCUCUGUGUCUGUGCUUUUUAACUUCUUUUUCUUUUUUACAUGGAGGAGAGAGAAAUAUAAUUGUCAACAAAUAGCAGUUUUAUCUUUGAAUUAAACCUUUAGCUACUACAUCUUAAAAAAAACUUAAUGCUAACAAGCAAAAGCAAUGCCUUUCAAAAUUAGCCAAAUAAUAUUCCUCAUACAGAAUAUUUCUGUUCGGUUUUUCUUGAAAACCUAGGGCAUUAUCCCUUUAAUAAUGUUUUGAAAGUACAAAGAAAGACAUAGCAAACAUGCUAUUUUCAGUUUGUUUUUCUUCCGCUGUUAUUUAUUUAUUUUUUAACAUUGUUUUACUCUUGAAAUAGAUGGAUAGAUGUACCAAAUAAAACAUGAGAAAAGCUUCACUUUUAUAUGCUACACAGUCAACUAAAACAGAAUUUCCUUUUGUGUUUAGUUUUUUGCAAAAACUGUUAUUGUUAAAGUACCAGAGACAAAAUGUCUCUUACUAAUACAACUUCUACAGCUGAACAUCAACACAUUUACAUAAAGAGGUUUACAACCACAAGAAGCUUGCAUCAUGACAUGCAUAUCUUUGCUCUUAAGCAAGGGCCGGACAUGUACAGUUAUUUUCUUACACCCAGUUUAUGUCUAAAAAUCUCUUGAUGAUGUCAUUUAUAAGACAAGAGGUCAUUCAAACUAAUUUCCAUGCUUCUAUAUUAAAGAUAUGUUAUGGAGAGAAUUUUCUGUGUUAUAUCUUUAUAUUGAUAUCCAAAUUAAAUCAGUGGUACUAGAUGUAUUUUUUCUUAAAUAAAAAAAAAAAGAAAUAUUUUUCCUAGCAAUUUUCAGGCUCUGGAUAGAAAACCUGGUUCCCAUGAUGGGGAAAAUGGGAUUGAAUUUGCGGCCAAAUAACAUUUAUGUGUCUAGUUUAUCAGCUGCUCGGCAUUAGUAAUGACCUAGGGUUAAAGUAGCUUAUUUUUUAUUUAGAGACUUUUGUGAUACAUUGCACGCAAAAGUAAAUUGUAUCUCUUUUGCCUUUCUUUGUGACCAAUUCACACUAUCCCCUUUUUGAGCAAUGGAUACAUCAGCUUGUCUUUUUAUUUAUGUGGAAAAAAGGGUUUCUUUAGUCUUAAAAAUUUUCCAGCAACUAAACAUGUAUCGUUGCCUAACUGACACUACUUGCAAAUCUACUCCCAAAAAGAAAAAAAAUGUCAACAACUGAAGGCAGCAAAUCAUAAUUUUGGUCCUUUUUUGUUGUUGUUUUUUUGCUGCUUAUCAUGACUCUUGCCUUGGUUUGUCAGAGCAGUUCUAAGAAAAGCUACCCCAGUAAUGAUGGAUCCUAUGCCUGUCAAAUCAGAGCCUAAAAAAAACACCCAGUAACAAUUAUGGAGAAGUUAGAAAACAUACUCCCUUUGCAUGGUGUCAUACUGAUAGUUAUUGGGUGUUGGAACAAGAAGACAUUGCAGAGUGCCAACACACAUCUAAGAAACUGCUUUGUGUUCUUUAUUGAGUAGAAAGCCACUCAUGAUUGUUUAUGGAUUUCUAAUAAAAUCAUUUGCAAUGGAUGAAGAAAUGGAAUUACCCUCAAAUUUAUGUUUAUGGGGUUAGUUACAUGUGACAGACUUGAUUAUUGUCAGUGUCAAAUUGUCUUUGUGUUCUAUUUGUAACUUCAUAGUUAUCAAGGAGAAUAUUUUAAUUUGCUGUGGCGCAAGCUGCUGCUUUCAGAGUUCCACACAAUCAAGGGCUGUUGUUGACUGGUCCACCACUGAAUGGAAUCCAUUUACUGUUUUUUUUUAUGUCUGUGUUAUACAUGCAAAGGCCUACUGACUGGAACCAGGCUGCCUGUCGGAUGACUACCUGGAAGUAGUAUGGAAGCAGGGACAAAUAUGGGAGAGUGAUGUGAAAGUGUUUCUAUGUCUGAUCUGGUGGAUCUUGCCCAUUUUUCCAGCUAUGAAUUGCACAGAAAUGAUGUAGAAAGCAGCCCACUGUUGAUUAUAUAUAUUAAUUUUGCUGAGCAUGUUGUACAUUGCAGCAAUAGAUACAGAAAGCAGUUUUAACAUGCUACUUGGAUGGCAGGCAUGCAAUUUAUCUUGGAGACCUUAGACGUGUAAUGCAAAAUACAAGGAUGUUGUCCAUUGUUGCUGUCACUGUGUGUGGGUGUAGACACAGCAAACAUGUAGAAGUGUGGACAGACCAUCACAGCAAAAACAACAAUGUUCCUGCCAGUGUUUGUGAUUUGGCCGUGUUUCCAAAAUGUAUGUGAAAUUUUGAUAUUUUCCAUUCUAGCAACUCUUGAUUCAAGCACAGAUUUUCAACUGUAGCCACUCUGCUUGCUAAAAAAAAGAAAACUUUGUCAAGAUAUAUUGUACUUUUGAGUAUAUGACCAUUUAAUGCACAGCAUUUUGAAUGAUGACAGUAUAUUUUUCUUGUUAAAGGCACCAUAAGCAUCAGGGAAAUGUCUGCUGUUACAUGUUUUGUAGAUUCAACACUGUCGUUGACUCCAGUUUGAAGCCAUUAUUAAGUAAAAGAGUUAAAAAGCUGUCACAGAUCUGUUGUCAGUCUUUAACAUAUUCCGAGGUUAAUAAGAAAGGGCCUGCAGCCAUAUGUAAUCAGUCACUGGGUGAGAAAGAGAAAUAAGAGUUGAAAUUUAUCAUGGGUGUAUUGAAUGAAAUGUGUUCAAUUUGUGUCUGGCACCACUGUCGCUCUAACUUUGAAUGGAAGUGCGGAAAAGUGUUUUUGUCUGUCCUUAGAGCUGUGCAAUAACCCAUGCCUGUAAUGGAUUCUAACUGCCAUCCAAAGCACUGUAUUUAUUUGAUUUUAUUAAAGCAUUUCUUUUUGGAUACAA